CGCAGCAAGCUGUGUGCUUUCAGGACCUGAGUCUUAAGCACCGCUCUGCUCCCCAUCAUUUUUCUGCACUCUCCUCCAGGGAAAGCUUCAGCAGCUCCUCUUCCUGCAGCACCGUCAUUCCCUGUCAAAUGUUGACACUCUGCAGGGUCACUGAUUCUCUGUUUAUUAGCAACUCUAGGUCAGCCUGCAAUGAGAAUCUCCUUGUCCAAGCGAGGAUUGCUUUCUGUAUCAAUGUCUCCAGACAGCAGCCAUUCCCAAGCUUGCAGCAAGUCCGAACCCUGAGGAUCCCAGUCUUUGAUGAUCCUUCAGAGGACCUGUAUCGAUAUUUUGAGCACUGCAGCAAUGCCAUAGAAAGCACCGUCCAGAGUGGUGGGAAGUGCUUAGUGUACUGUAAAAAUGGUCGCAGCAGAUCUGCAGCCAUCUGCACAGCUUACUUGAUGAAGCACCAAAAUCUCAGCCUGAAGGAUGCCUUUGAGAUUGUGAAGACUGCCAGGCCGGUAGCAGAGCCCAAUGCCGGUUUUUGGUCUCAGUUACAAAAAUACGAAGAACAUUUACAAAUGCACCAUCAGGUGGAUCUUUCUUCAAAAUGAUUUUCACAAUAAACAGUUUUGAUUCAGAUUAUAGUUUGGGGAAAACUCCUUGAAAGAGGUCUAUGUGCCUAAAGAGGUUGGAAAGAUUGUUGGUGCUUCCAGACCAUCAGUAUUUUACGGAAGGGAUUCAAGCACAUACGGUAUGCUUAGGUUUGUAAAUUAAAGGGCUUUGUUGUCUUAGCGCAACAAAUCCAUUUUUUAAAAAUUGACUUGGAAAAUGAAAGGGAAAUGCUUUGAAAAGUGUGGGAUGAAUGAAUUAUUAAUGGGAAGACAUGUAAACACUUGUUGGAAAAUCAUCAUGAAUUCUAAUUGUCAUAUAAUCCCCCCCACAAACAAAUCAGAACGAAUGCUCAAUAAAGACUGGACAUAGCCUAAUCAUUAUGUAAGCUUUGUACAAGCAAAUCAGGAAGAAUGCUGAAUAAAAAGGAUUAUCUAGAAGAGCCCUGUGGACUGACAACCAGCAGUAGGCUUCUCCUCUGCUGUUCCCCAGGAGGGGUCCUUGUGAACCACCCAAGUCACAGAUCCUGAAAAGCUUUAACCUUUUGAAAUGUGUAGUCUAGUCCUCGACACUACAAGUGAAUGUUUCAUAUAGAGGACAAAACCUGGCUACAGGCUCCUACAGACUGAUGUGUUUGUAUUCUGCAACAUAUCACUGAUACAAUAAUUGUGCAUUAGUGGUGGAUUUAUACUGGACCGUCCACACAUCAGUCCACUUUAUUAGUUGUUCUGUGAAUCUACCCCGGUUUUAGCACAUUAUUGCCAUCUUGAGAGAGUCAUUAUUGCACUACAGUGCAAUAAAACUGGGACACCCCCCCCCGAACAUUUGUGGUAUGAAAAAUUACAGGUUUUCAGCAGGGAGCUACAGGAUAUGCAGCAACUAGAAACAAAGCAGUAUGCCUGCCCCAAAACCUUUGUAAGCACGAACAAUAUUGAAAGUGGGAUCUCUUCAAACCACCCCAAUACUAUCAUGAAUGCAUAAUUUCAAAUGACAUUUGAAGGGGUGUUGUGUUGCUUCCCUUGAGCAAUCUGACGAGAAGGCUGAAAAUGUGUUUAAAAUAUGUUUAAAUACAACUCUGCUACGUAACUGUCUGUGUUUUAUUCCACCAACAAUAAUAUAUGUUUCAAGCAUGUUACAAGCACACACAAACAUUAUAUUUAAAUAAAAGUAUCUACAUUCAUGAGAAUCAUAUAUUGAAAUAGCAGGUUCAUAAGUAAGGAAGGGCAGGACAAAAAAGGCUUAGGGUGGGGUUAAAAACUACCCUUGAAAACGACCCGGAAACUACAGCUGGUACAAAAUGCGGUGGCCCGUUUACUUACAAAUAGCCGCUGCCGUGAUCACAUUACGCCGGUGUUAGUUCAUCUACACUGGCUUCCAGUUGCUUUCCGGGCCCAAUUCAAGGUGUUGGUAUUAACCUUUAAAGCCCUAUACGGUCUCGGCCCAGUUUACCUGAAGGAGCACCUCCAGUACCACCAACUUAGCCGCCUGACUAGAUCAGCCACGCAGGGCCUUCUCUCAGUACCACCAACGAAAACAGCUAGGUUGGUGGGAACUAGGGAGAGGGCAUUUUCAGUGGCGGCCCCCACUCUCUGGAACUCCCUCCCGUUCGAUCUUCGACAUGCCCCUUCCCUGGAUGCAUUCCGCCGAGCAUUAAAAACCUGGCUCUUUGGACAGGCCUUCGGGACCUCCGGGGUGGGCUAAGCUUUUAUCACUAUUACUGAAUGCCCAUUGUUUACAUACUGUUUUAUGCUGUAAUUUAAUCCUUUAUUGUCGACUGUAUUGUAUUGCUAUGUAUUUUAAAUCGUAUUUUAAAUUGUAUUUUACUGGAAUUUAAUUGUGUACGUCGCCUAGAGUGGCCUUGGCCAGAUAGGCAACACAAAAAUUAAAUUAUUAUUAUUAUUAUUUAUUUAUUUGCUAAGAUAUAAAACAGUUUGGGUUCAUAGCCUAAAAUAAUUAAACCU